GUUUCCGGGAGUGAGGGAAGGGUUUUCGGGGUUGGGGGAAUGGUUUUCGUGGGUGGGGGAAGGGAAAGGGUGGGUUUCGAGGUAGGGGGAAGGCUGGGCGACGGUUUCCGGCAGCAGGGGAGGGCUUUUUCGAGGGUGGGGGUGAAUUUCCGGCGUAGUGGGGGUGGGGGUGUGGUGGCAGCCGCUGGACGUGGGUGGUUUGGGGUUUUUUUUUUUUAUUUUUUUGUUUUUUGUUUUUUUAAAAAAAAAAAAAUUAAGCCGCUCAUACGCUGACACGUGUCUAGGUAACUUGCUACAACAGGUAAGAUGACCUGUUGGAUGCAACGAAAAUUAAUACCCCCAAAAUUCGGUGCAAUAGAUAAUAAACGAAAGUUGAGAUUAUUUUCGGCGGACGAAGCAAAGUUCAGAUUAGUGGGAGCAAUUUUUCCAAAAACUUAUACCCUAACAAUGUAUUUAACUCCCUUAAUUCCCCAUAUGCAUGUACCAAACAAAACACCCGGUCGGACGACUAGCUGAACAUUUCCUCCCUUUUCUCCAUCCACCCAAAACCCUUUACUGCUACUACUCUCUGAUAGAGUGAGCGUAGAAAAUGGCCGAAACCAAAAUUGUAGUUCAUGAAGACGAUCGAUUGAGCUCACUUCCCGAAGAAAUCCUCAUCAAUAUUCUCUCUUUCCUUCCAAUCCACUCCGCCGCCACCACCUCCGUCUUAUCCCACCGUUGGCGGCACCUCUGGACCGGAGUCACCAGCGUUGUUAUUGAUUCUCGAUCAGAAUCCACCGCCAUAAUUGACCACAUUCUACAGAACCUUACAUCUCGGAAACUCCACAAGUUAGCUCUCGAUUUGGACGAUUUGGAAGACCCGGAAGUCGCCAGAGCAUCAGUACCUUGGUUUCGACAAGUUUGCCGCCGAAAUGUGGAGAAUAUCAUAUUCACUACUGGGCGAGAUGGUAAUUAUUCCUACUUUAUACCCUCGUUUCUGUUCAAUUCUCAAUCUCUGGUAACUUUGGAUUUAGACGGUGUGUUUCAAUGGCCCAAAUGUAAGGGUUUACGUUUUCAUCUGCCUAAUUUGAAGAAACUUAUCAUAAAUUACCUUGAUGAUAUCCCUCUUUGGUUGGAGACUCUAAUUAGGUCUUCCCCACUUUUGGAACUUUUGGAUUUAUUCUUCGAAGUAUUUUCAUAUGCGGAUUUGUCUACUUCUGUUGUGAAUAUAAUUGCCCCCAAUUUGAAGUCAUUGUCUAUAAGUAUGACAUUUUAUUUCUCGAGUUUGAUUCAACACGCUAGAGUAUGUAUUGAUGCCCCCAAAUUGGCUAACCUUAAAAUUCAUGAUUGCAAUUCAAUUUAUUACUUUCUACGGAAUCCAACUACAUUAGUCAAAGCGCAUGUUUACUUGGAUAACAUUGAGUCAUGGCAGUGUUUAAAUGAAGAGGAUGAGGAGGAUCAUGGCUUGCUGGAAGGAGCACAUAAAGAAUAUCUUCGCCAGGUGGUCCAAUUUGUUGGAGGAUUGUCUAGUGUUAGCAGUCUGAAGCUGAAGCUAGAGAGUCCAACCAACAUAUUCAGAUAUCGUAGUUUUGUGAAUCUGCCAACCUUUUCUAAUUUAACCCGCCUUGAAACAAAGGGCACUAUGGAUUUGUUGUGUUACUUACAUUGUUUUCCUAACUUAGUGCAACUUGUGGUGUGUCUAUGGUCACAACCCUUUCAAACACUUUCUUUUCUUAUGAAGCAAAGCUAUUGGUUGCCACCGGAUUCUAUUCCAGAUUGUUUAUUAGGUAAGCUCAAGACUAUACAAUUAAGUGAAAUACAGGGGACCGACGAUACCCUGAGGCUGCUAGCGUAUAUUCUGAGUAAUGCAAAUGUUUUGGAAAAGCUUUACAUACGUCUUCGAUUGGUAGAAAGGGUUAAUCCAAAACAUGAAUGUGAAGAAGCAUAUGCAAUGUGGAAGGAAUCUCAGUUCUGUAAGUCGCUGUUUAAACUUCCAAGGAGGUCCUCAACUUGUGAGGUUGUGUUUUCUGGUAGCUUUUUCAGAGCAUCAGGUAAUGCCUUACCAGGCGGAUACCUUAGCUGUCAAAUGUAUGUGGGCCGCUAAACCUAAUAUAUGCAACUUGUUUUCCAAAUGCAAGCAUUCAUGCUUAUGGGUUGCAGCCUUGCAGGUAUUGACUACAAAAUUCUUAAUUACUUUCGGUUAUGCAUAAUUGCAUAUAGUUUGGUUUAGGCUUAACAAUGUUUCUAGAAAUGCUGGAUAUGUAUCAGGGUAUUGUAGCCUUGCAAUAUACUCCGUAAUGUACUG